GGGUGGGGGCUGUGGCAAAGCCCACUGGCGCUGUGGACGGGCGUCGCUGCGGCCUGCUUCUGGUCAUGUCUGUGUGAGGACGCCUUGGCCGUCACCCCCCACCCCCAUCCCGGAGCCGGGCCGCGUCGCCAACCAUGGGCUCCAUCCUGAGUCGCCGCAUCGCGGGGGUGGAGGACAUUGACAUCCAAGCGAACUCAGCCUAUCGCUACCCGCCCAAGUCUGGAAACUACUUUGCUUCACACUUUUUCAUGGGAGGUGAGAAAUUUGAUACCCCCCAUCCUGAAGGUUACCUGUUUGGAGAGAACAUGGAUCUGAACUUCUUGGGCAGCCGUCCAGUCCAGUUUCCCUAUGUCACUCCUGCCCCCCAUGAGCCAGUAAAGACUCUGAGGAGCCUGGUGAACAUCCGCAAAGACUCCCUCCGGCUUGUGAGGUAUAAGGAUGAUGCCGACAGCCCCUCUGAGGAUGCCGCGAAGCCCCGGGUGCUCUACAGCCUGGAGUUCACCUUCGAUGCUGACGCCCGCGUGGCCAUCACCAUCUACUGCCAGGCGAUGGAGGAGUUCCUAAAUGGCACGGCAGUGUACAGCCCCAAGAGCCCUGCUCUGCAGUCGGAGACUGUCCAUUACAAGAGGGGCGUGAGCCAGCAGUUCUCCCUGCCGUCCUUCAAGAUCAACUUCUCCGAGUGGAAGGAGGAUGAGCUGAACUUUGACCUGGACCGGGGUGUGUUUCCGGUGGUUAUCCAGGCUGUGGUGGACGAAGGAGAUGUUGUGGAAGUGACGGGCCAUGCCCAUGUGCUCUUGGCUGCCUUUGAAAAGCAUGUGGAUGGCAGCUUCUCGGUGAAGCCCUUAAAGCAGAAGCAAAUUGUAGACCGAGUUAGCUACCUGCUGCAGGAGAUCUAUGGCAUCGAGAACAAGAACAACCAGGAGACCAAGCCUUCUGAUGAUGAGAAUAGUGACAACAGCAAUGAGUGUGUGGUGUGCCUGUCGGACCUGCGGGACACGCUGAUCCUGCCCUGCCGCCACCUGUGCCUCUGUACGUCCUGUGCUGACACGCUGCGGUACCAGGCCAACAACUGCCCCAUCUGCCGGCUGCCCUUUCGGGCUCUCCUGCAGAUCCGGGCUGUGAGGAAGAAGCCAGGGGCCCUGUCUCCCAUCUCCUUCAGCCCUGUCCUGGCCCAGAGCGUGGACCAUGACGAGCACUCCUGUCCCUUUAAAAAAGCAAAGUCGCACCCUGCCUCCCUGGCCAGCAAGAAACCUAAAAGGGAAACAAGCUCUGACACUGUCCCACCUGGCUAUGAGCCCAUCUCUCUGCUUGAGGCGCUCAAUGGUCUGCGGGCCAUCUCUCCGGCCAUCCCUUCAGCCCCCCUCUAUGAGGAAAUUACUUAUUCGGGCAUCUCAGAUGGCCUGUCCCAAGCCAGCUGUCCUCUCUCGGGCCUUGAUCGAAUCAUGGAAAGUGGCCACCAGAAGGGCCAGCAGCAGACCAAGUCUCCAGACAGCGCGCCGCGGGCCCCGUCGUCGCCCGUUCAUGAGGAGGACGAGGAGAAGCUCUCGGAGGACUCCGACGCUCCUCUCCCGCCUGGCGGCGCAGAGUUGGCGCUGCGGGAGAGCAGCUCCCCUGAGAGUUUCGGAACAGAGGAGGUUGAUGAGUCGUCACUAAAGCAAGGGAGCCGUGUGCCCUCCAUUGAAGACGUCCUGCAGGAUGGCAGCCCCCAGCACCAUGGCUGUAGCCAGCCAGGCCCUCCUGCUGACAUCUACCUACCAGGAUGGUCCACCUCCAUGGAGACACCCCACAACCUCGACACCACUGCCCCACCCUGGCCUCCGCUUGGUGGCUCCAGUCCUGAGCCUGGAGCCACUGAGCUGACCCCACUCUGAGAGCCUGGCUGAGCUGGCAGCAUGGAGUCCUCAGCACCCUAGACUUUGCCAAGGGGCUUCCCCGGACCCCAGCGUGACUGGCCUCUCCUGCACGCCUCAUGUGGCCACCAGGCUUUGAGGGGCCACAGUGACCCUCUAUGAAAGAGCACAGCAGACUGCUCCCUCUACAAAUCCUCUUUUUUAUGGUCAAUAUAUUUGUAAAUGGUACAAGAUGAAGGACAGCGGCUUUCUGUCCAGGGUCACAGGCCGUAAAGGGUCCCCAAAUACCAGGGUCAAUGCCCUGAGAACUUAGCAAACCAGCAGAAGAGAAUGUCUCCAUGAGAAGUGUCCUAUUCACAGAUUCUGGAAGGUGGGAGGACGCAAGUAACGGUCAAUGAAGGAAUCUGCCUGCCUGCCCCACACGCGUGUCCCGAGGCAGCCUGCCUAUCACUCUGUGUCCCGGCCGUGGCGGCCCUCCCUACCUGCUGUGCUCUGUGGGCUGCUGCUCCCUGCUGGUGCCCUCUGGUACCUGUCCCAGCAUGCAGCCUUUCCUCCCACGGCUGGGAUGGCUGUGGGCCAGGCCCGGCUGGGUUCACUGGGCUAGCACCACAGCUGCCUGCGGUGGUUGGUGUCCAGCAGUCUGGUCACCACGCCCCAUGUGUUCUCAUGACUCCCGCUUAGCUUAUCUCCUUCCACGCCUUGGAUAUGUCUGUGCUCGGCUGCCUCACUGUCCGUUCUCCAGGGAGUGGCCUGCCAGCUUCCACUGCUCGCUCCUGACGUGCUCCUUUGUACUUCUAUAGUGGGGCAUGUCUAGGGGAGGAACAGACUACGAGCCCGCCCAGGAGCGAGGUUCCAGUCUGAUGCUUGGCUUCUCAGGCAACCUUGAAACAGAAGGACCAAGGGGACCCCUGACACUGGUGGCUCUAGGCAGAGCUGCUCCGGUGGCGAACUGGAGCCAGUGCUGUUGCCGCUCCCCAACCAAGGAGCUGCCUUCAAGUGGGGAGGGCUGUGGCAGCCUGUGUUAGGGUGCAGAGGCCACCCUAAGGCUCGGGGUCGGCUUGAACUCUGGCUUUGCCUGGUGGGGCACUUGGAUAACUCAGAAGUAGCCAACUCAGUCUCUGGAAAUUUGUGAGCCUCGUGUGCACAGCUGUCUGCCUCUGCCUAGGAAUGCGCACGGGAGCACGUGUGCCCUGCCCCCUUCUCUGCCAACACCUUGGCCUUUGGCCACAGUACUGCUACCAUACUUUGAAGGAUGGGAUGCAGACUGGCCUGUCUGGGACUCAAACAUGCUAUCAUUUUAUGUAUUCUGAUUGGCUAGUUUUUGAUUUGUUUUUACUGUAUAUUUAUAGUAAUAAAACCAUACAGCAAUA